UUGCCGUUGGGCAGCGACGUCGUUCUCACUUCCGCACUUGCCUGCAGUUAGCAGUUAGCAUGGUCUACCCGCCGCAGCACCCCGACGUCGAAGCGCGCGUCCGCGACCUCGUCGCCUCCAUGGACCUCGAUGCCCUCGUUGGCCAAAUGACGCAGCUCGACAUUUCGAUGCUGCUCAACGACGACGACAAGACGAUCAACGUCGAGAAGGUGCGCCACUUUGCGAAGCUCAAGAUUGGCUCGUACCUCAACAGCCCGUUCAACGGCGGGCCGGCGGCCGACGGCAAGCUCGGCUACUCGACCGACGAGUGGCGUCACAUUCUCGAGACGAUCCAGUCGAUCCACAUGGAAGAGAACGACGGGCACCCGAUCGUGUACGGCAUUGACUCUGUGCACGGCGCGAUCUACGUCCGGGACGCGGUCGUCUUUGGCCAACAGAUCAACGGCGCGGCGACGUUCAACCCAUCGCUCGUGCGCGAGAUGGGCCGCAUCACGGGCUACGACACGGAGGCCGCCGGCAUUCCGUGGAUCUUUGCGCCGAUUCUGGACGUCUCGAAGAACCCGCUGUGGCCACGCACGUUUGAGACGUUUGGCGAGGACCCGUAUGUGGUUGGCGUCAUGGGCGCAGCGAUCGUCGAGGGCAUGCAGAGCAACCCACAGACGGCUGCGUGCCUCAAGCACUUUAUCGGGUACUCGAAGAGCAGCCUCGGGCACGACAAAGACCCGGUCACGGUCUCGGAUUACGAGCUUUUGAAUCACUUUGCGCUGCCGUUUUUGAUGGCGAUCGAAGCGGGCGCCAAGACCAUCAUGGAAAACUACGUCUCGGUCAACGACGUGCCGACCAUGAUCAACACCAAGCUCAUGAACGACCUGCUGCGCCACGACAUGGCGUACGAAGGCAUGGUGGUGACGGACUGGGACGAGAUCAACAACCUCCACACGGCCCACCGCGUCGCCAAGUCGAAGGCCGACGCGGUCCGCCUCGCGCUCACGCGCACGUCGAUCGACAUGAGCAUGGUGCCGUUCGAGACGACGUUUAUCGAGCAUACGAAAGCGCUCAUCGCUGCGCAGCCUGCGCUCGAAGCUCGCCUGCGCGAGUCGGUCGCCCGCAUUGUGCGCCUCAAGGUCGAGCUCGGUUUGUACGAGACGCCGGUGCCGGGCGCCGGCAACGUGGUUGGCAGCGACGAGAGCAAGGCGGCGGCGCUCGCCAUGGCGCACGAGUCGAUUGUGCUGCUUGAAAACAAGGAUGACGUGCUGCCGCUGCCCAAGGACGCGAGUGUCUUUGUGACGGGCCACGCGGCCGACAAUGUCGGGUUCCUCUGCGGCGGCUGGACGGUGCAGUGGCAGGGCGUCUCUGGCAACCACCAGUUUGCCCACGGCGUCUCGCUCAAGGACGGCGUGCUACGCCUGUCGCCUUCCGCGACGUUCUUUAACGGCCUGGCCGCCGACGGCAGCAUCUCGGAGAUGGACACGGUCUUGGCGCACGCGGCGGCGGCGACGUACACGAUUGUGACGGUCGGCGAAGGCUCGUACUGCGAAAAGCCGGGCGACAUUGCGUGCCUCGACUUGCCGGUCGGGCAGCGGGAGUAUGUGCGUCAGAUUGCGGCCACGGGCACCAAGGUGAUCCUCGUGCUCGUUGAGGGCCGGCCUCGCCUCCUCCACGGCCUCGUCAACGAGGUGCAGGCGGUGGUGCAUGCGAUGCUGCCGGGCGAGGUGGGCGGCCAAGCGAUCGCCGACAUUGUGUUUGGCGACGUCAACCCGAGCGGCCGCCUCCCGAUCACGUACCCGAAGGACCAUGCCAACAUCCUCGCGCAGUACAACCGCCGCACGAUGGUGCGCAUGACGGACCAGGACAUUGGCGUCGAGUGGCCGUUUGGCGCCGGUCGCAGCUACACGAGCUUUGCGUACAGCGAUUUCCGCUUGAGCACGACGCGCCUCGAGAGCGUCGACGACACGCUGGACGUGAGCGUGACGGUGACCAACACGGGCAACAUGGCGGGCAAGGACGUGGUGAUGCUCUUUGUGACGCAGCCGUUCCGCACGAUGGCCGUGCCCGAAGUCAAGCAGCUCAAGAAGUUUGAAAAGAUUGCGCUCGACGUGGGCGAGAGCCGCGUGGUGACGCUGACGCUCCGCUUUGCCGACUAUAGCGUCUUUGCGCCGCAGAUUGGCGCCGGCUUUAAGCGCGUGGCCGAAGCCGGCGACUUUGUCGUGCUGCUCCAGCCCGACACGCACGUCGACGUGUACAGCGACAACUGGACGCACCCGCUCGCGGCUUCGUUCACGGUCGCGUGCGACCUCGAGCAGUAAGCUAUGAAGAAAUGACCUCGUUGCACAUGUACUACA